CUAGAGUCGGCUGGGCGGCUGGAAGCGGUGGCCGCCGCCGGUGACUCAGGGAGGCGGGAGGCGGGAGGCGGGGUAAGAGCGCCACGGCCUCGGCUGAAGGGAUCGGAGGAAGAAAGGGAGGAGCCCUUCCUGCAGCGUUGGAACCAUGGUGCUCACGCUCGGAGAAAGUUGGCCAGUAUUGGUAGGGAAGCGAUUCCUCAGUCUGUCCGCAGCCGACGGCAGCGACGGCGGCCACGACAGCUGGGACUUGGAGCGCGUCGCCGAGUGGCCCUGGCUCUCCGGGACCAUUCGAGCCGUCUCCCACACCGACGUUACUAAGAAGGAUCUGAAGGUGUGUGUGGAGUUUGAUGGGGAAUCUUGGAGGAAGAGAAGAUGGAUAGACGUCUACAGCCUUCUAAGGAGAGCCUUUUUAGUGGAACAUAACUUGGUUUUGGCUGAACGAAAGUCUCCUGAAGUUUCUGAGCGAAUUGUUCAGUGGCCUGCGAUAAUGUACAGACCUCUGCUGGACAAAGCUGGUUUGGGAUCCAUAACGUCUAUUCGCUUUUUAGGAGAUCAACAAAGAGUAUUUCUUUCUAAAGACCUUUUAAAGCCUAUACAGGAUGUAAACAAUCUUCGACUUUCGCUUAUCGAUAAUCAGAAUGUCAGUAAAGAAUUUCAAGCUUUGAUUGUGAAACAUUUGGAUGAAAGCCAUCUUUUACAAGGCGACAAAAACUUAGUUGGUUCAGAAGUAAAAAUUUAUAGCUUGGACCCAUCUACUCAGUGGUUUUCUGCAACCAUUGUAAAUGGAAACCCAACAUCAAAAACUCUUCAAGUCAACUGUGAGGAGAUUCCAGCACUGAAAAUUGUCGAUCCAUCACUGAUUCAUGUUGAAGUUGUACAUGAUAACUUUGUGACAUGUGGUAAUUCUACAAGAAUUGGGGCUAUAAAACGCAAAUCUUCUGAGAAUAAUGGAAGCCUGGUUUCCAAACAAGCAAAAUCUUGCUCUGAGGCCUCUCCCAGUGUGUGUCCUGUACAGUCUGUUCCUACAACAGUUUUUAAGGAGAUCCUGCUCGGCUGCACUGCAGCCACCCCGCCAAGUAAGGACCCAAGACAUCAGAAUACUCCCCAGGCUGCCAACUCGCCACCUAACCUUGGAGCAAAAAUUCCUCAAGGAAGUCAUAAACAGAUUUUACCAGAACUUUCUUCCUGUCUAAAUACGAAGCCUGAAAUACUGAGAACACCAGAUGUUGUCUGCAAAGUAGGGUUGCUCUCUUCAAAGUCCUCUCAGAUUGGAACUGGAGACUUGAAAACCCUGAGUGAACCAAAGGGAAGCUAUACCCAGCUGAAGACAAACACUGACCAGGAAAGCAGCUUGGAAUCUUUUCCUCCAUCAUCGACUGACCUUCCUAGGGAGUGCUUACCUACAAAGCCUUCUUCUACGGCAGAACUGGAAAUUGCCAGUACUCCUGAACUGCAGAAGCAUCUCGAACAUGGACCUUCCACAUCUGAUGUCCUUUCAAAUAAGCCAGAAGAGAAAGCAGAUGUCAAUAGUAAUAGUCCUAAUUGUUGUGUAGAAAAAAAGGUAGAACCUUCAACUUUAGGUUGCCAGUCACAGAAUUUAAAGGAGUCUUCAGCAAAAGUAGAUACUGAAAGCUGUUGUACAAGAAGCAACAAUAAAAUCCAGAAUGCCCCAUCCCGGAAGUCGGUUUUGACAGACCCAGCCAAACUCAAGAAGCUGCAGCAGAGCGGUGAGGCCUUUGUGCAGGACGACUCUUGCGUGAACAUCGUCGCGCAGCUGCCCAAGUGCCGGGAGUGUCGCUUGGACAGCCUCCGAAAGGAUAAGGAGCAGCAGAAAGACUCGCCCGUGUUUUGCCGCUUCUUUCACUUCAGGAGGUUACAGUUCAACAAACAUGGUGUAUUGCGGGUAGAAGGCUUCUUAACACCAAACAAGUAUGACAGUGAAGCAAUUGGCUUGUGGUUGCCUUUAACCAAAAAUGUUGUUGGGACUGAUUUGGACACAGCAAAGUAUAUCCUGGCCAACAUUGGAGACCACUUCUGUCAAAUGGUGAUUUCUGAAAAGGAAGCUAUGUCAACUAUUGAGCCACACAGACAGGUUGCUUGGAAGCGAGCUGUCAAAGGUGUUCGAGAAAUGUGUGAUGUGUGUGACACCACCAUCUUCAACCUGCACUGGGUGUGUCCUCGGUGUGGGUUUGGAGUGUGUGUGGAUUGCUAUCGGAUGAAGAGGAAAAAUUGCCAACAGGGCGCUGCCUACAAGACUUUCUCAUGGCUGAGAUGUGUGAAGAGCCAGAUACAUGAACCAGAGAACCUCAUGCCUACGCAGAUCAUUCCUGGAAAAGCCCUCUAUGAUGUUGGAGACAUUGUUCAUUCUGUAAGAGCAAAAUGGGGAAUAAAGGCAAAUUGUCCCUGUUCAAACAGGCAGUUCAAACUCUUUUCAAAGCCAGCCUCAAAGGAAGACAUAAAACAGACUUCCUUGGUUGGAGAAAAAUCGACUCUUGGUGCCGGGCUCCAGCAGAGCCCCUCGGUGUUGGAGCCCGUGGCUGUAGGUGGGGAGGCUGCGUCCAAGCCGGCCAGCAGCGUGAAGCCUGCCUGUCCAGCCAGCACAUCUCCUUUGAACUGGCUGGCAGACCUGACCAGCGGCAAUGUCAACAAGGAAAACAAGGAAAAACAACCAACGAUGCCAAUUUUAAAGAAUGAAAUCAAAUGCCUUCCACCCCUACCCCCCUUGAGCAAAUCCAACACAGUCCUCCACACCUUUAACAGCACAAUUCUGACACCUGUAAGCAACAACAAUUCUGGUUUCCUCCGAAAUCUCUUGAAUUCCUCUGCAGGAAAGACAGAAAAUGGACUCAAGAAUACACCAAAAAUCCUUGAUGACAUCUUCGCCUCUUUGGUGCAAAAUAAGACCUGCUCCGAUUUAUCUAAGCGGCCGCAAGGACUGACCAUCAAGCCCAGCAUCCUGGGCUUCGACACUCCUCACUACUGGCUGUGCGACAGUCGCCUGCUGUGCCUGCAGGAUCCCAACAACAAGAGCAACUGGAACGUGUUCAGGGAGUGCUGGAAGCAGGGGCAGCCAGUGAUGGUGUCAGGAGUGCAUCAUAAACUGAACACUGAACUUUGGAAACCAGAAUCCUUCAGGAAAGAGUUUGGAAAUCAGGAAGUUGACCUCGUUAAUUGCAGAACCAAUGAAAUCAUCACAGGAGCCACAGUAGGAGACUUCUGGGAUGGAUUUGAAGAUGUUCCGAACCGCUUGAAAAAUGAAAAAGAGCCAAUGGUGCUGAAACUUAAGGACUGGCCACCAGGAGAAGAUUUUAGAGAUAUGAUGCCCUCCAGGUUUGAUGAUCUGAUGGCCAACAUUCCACUGCCUGAGUACACAAGGAGAGAUGGCAAACUGAACUUGGCCUCGAGGCUGCCAAACUACUUUGUUAGGCCAGAUCUGGGUCCCAAGAUGUAUAAUGCUUAUGGAUUAAUUACUCCAGAAGAUCGGAAAUAUGGGACGACAAAUCUUCACUUAGAUGUAUCUGAUGCGGCUAAUGUCAUGGUCUAUGUGGGAAUUCCCAAAGGACAGUGUGACCAAGAAGAAGAAGUCCUUAAGACCAUCCAAGACGGAGAUUCUGAUGAACUCACAAUAAAGCGAUUUAUUGAAGGAAAAGAGAAGCCAGGAGCCCUCUGGCACAUAUAUGCUGCUAAGGACACAGAGAAGAUACGAGAAUUUCUUAAAAAGGUAUCAGAAGAGCAAGGUCAAGAAAACCCCGCAGACCACGAUCCCAUUCAUGAUCAGAGCUGGUAUUUAGACCGAUCACUAAGGAAGCGUCUUCAUCAGGAGUAUGGAGUCCAGGGCUGGGCCAUCGUGCAGUUUCUUGGAGAUGUGGUAUUUAUCCCAGCAGGAGCUCCGCAUCAGGUUCAUAACUUAUAUAGCUGUAUCAAAGUGGCUGAAGAUUUCGUUUCUCCAGAGCAUGUUAAACACUGCUUCUGGCUUACUCAGGAAUUCCGCUAUCUGUCACAGACUCAUACGAAUCAUGAAGAUAAAUUACAGGUGAAGAAUGUUAUCUACCAUGCAGUGAAAGAUGCGGUUGCUAUGCUGAAAGCCAGUGAAUCCGGUUUUGGCAAACCCUGAGGGUCCCAGAGGCACCUUACCCCUGCACAUUGGAAGUGAAUUACUGGCAGCUGUUCAAACUCUUCAGGCAGGAAUCCUGUGGACUUUGAGACUCAUGUUACCUCAUCUUCUUUUUUAAACUGUACCCACCUGGUAAGGGUACUCUGUCUAAUGUAUAUUUCUAGUGUUUACAGACACUAAAUGUGUAUAUGUAGUAACUAUUUACAGAACAUGCAUCCUUAAACUGUGACUUCUCACCUAGUGCAGAGCUUCUACCCAGCUGUAAAAACAGAAGCCCGUAUCAGCUCUGGAACAAGACCUGCAGUUACUCCCCAGCUGUGUGGUUGGACAGCUUAGUCAAAUGGGUUAUAACUCUUAGGAAUCACCGCGCAGUUUAUUUGGGUUGUGUUUUGUUGUGUCUGAGUACCCUCUCCCCGACCCCUUAGGGUUCAGAAGGGCAGUGGAGGAAGCGACCACCGACGUUUGGAUGUUGUAUUGCCUUAGGACUGGCAUUAUAUAGCAGAGGUCAACUACUGCACCAUUCUUGGGGUUAACCAUCUUUAGUUAAACGGAGUUUUAAUUUAAAUGAAGCUUUGCUAAUUUUAAGUGUUAAGCAUUUUGCAUUAAAGUAUUCAUAUAAUGUUUUGACUCCGUUUAUUGGCAUUAUUCUCUGGUUGCAGAGUCAACACACACUUCAUCAGUGUUACAGGUGUAAGAGUUUGCGCCAGGAACUCAUCUUAAAAGCACAGAAAUUUGAUGCUCUAGUGAUUUCUGAGUGGUUAUUACAAUGCUAACAUGGGAACAAGCUUCUCCCCAGCCAAGCUGAAACUCCUGUCACACUUCCGUAAAGGAACACCACUGAUUAACUACCUUUAGAAGUGACAGUUAACCAAAAAACCAGAUAGUGACGGGUUAAUGGUUCUAAAAAGGUAAGAGAUCAAAAUUCUUUGUCGCUCUUCUGACCCAUUAUAGUUUAAGAGUUUACAAAGGAAAAUGAAAUUAUUACAAGUUUUAGAAUGGUAGUAUCUAAAAUAAUCAUCUCUAUAAAGGAAGAAAAUAAAGAAGCCACUUUCCUAUAGCUCGUUGAUUCUCCUAGACAGCUGUAGCUGUACUAAAAGGAAUUAAAUUGAAAUCAAGUCGCGCAGACAAAGGCCUAGAGCCUGGAUUUUUACCUGUGAGCUCAGAGUAGGAGAUCGAAGAUCCCCGCCUAACGUCAGCCCCCUUCAAACCAAAAUCUUUCAUGGAUGAACUUUCAAAAACAAAGUUUUCUGAAAAGAAUAAGUAGAAAUAUCUACCUACCUUAGUGGGAAACGUCUUCCCUGGGAAUUUCUUACCAGAAGCUUCUUUAUACAGUUUUGGAUCUAGAAUUGGCACUGUUGAUUAGAUAUCUCCAAUAGGCAAAAGAAGAGGAAAACUUGCAUUCUCUAUAGAGAAAAUCACCUUCAAGCCAGGCCUCAAAGGAGUCCCACAGAUAGUUCCAAGGACUGUUAUUCACAAUCAAAUGCACUGUAUCCACAAAUAUGAAAACUGAAAGCUACCACGAGCAAGAGUCAAUGCAAACCUGAAGCUGCCAUAUUAAACGUGCAGAGUUUGUAGGUUCCGGAAUGAUCCAGCACUUAUUUUAUAUUCUGAAGUGUUUAGUAUGUUUGAAGAAAUGAGAGUAUAGGAAUAUGAUGAAAGAAUGAGAUUGCCAGAAAUGACCAGAUUUGGAAAGAAGCUGAAUAGAACUUAACAGAAAUGAGACAUGAUGGUUAAAAUUAGAAAUUCAGCACAUGAGUUAAGUGGCAGAAAAAAGUUCUUUUACAAACUGAAAGAUUGGUAAAAAUAACACAAGACAGCAUUGAGUAACAGGAAACUGUAAAGAAGUGUUAACUUAUAAGGCGGACAUGGAAAAGUAUAGGUUUGACCAUCAGUGACAGAGAAUUAAGAGACUGGUGAGGGAGGGUGACAUUCUGAGACUGAAAUUUUUCCAGUACUGACAUGUCAGAUUGAAGAAGCCUAACUAAAUCAAGCAAGAUAAAUAAAAUAGCCACAACUGUGCCCAAAACAAAUAGGUUCUUAAAAGUACCCAGAGGGCUUCCCUGGUGGCGCAGUGGUUGAGAGUCCGCCUGCUGACGCAGGGGACGCAGGUUGGUUCGUGCCCCGGUCCGGGAAGAUCCCACAUGCCGCGGAGCGGCUGGGCCCGUGGGCCAUGGCCGCCGAGCCUGUGCGUCCGGAGCCUGUGCUCCGCAACGGGAGAGGCCACAACAGUGAGAGGCCCGUGUACCACACACACACACACAAAAGUACCCAGAAUGGGGAAAAACAUUGUAAACCUUCAAAGAGGUGACAGACUUAACAGCUGACUUCUUAACAACAACAGGGGGUGUCAAGAAAGUAGAUGCCACUCUUACUGUGCCAGAGAACAUGCCUGAAAAUAAGUCUAGACACAGCAAAAUGAUUUUCCCUGUUUCUACUGACAUUUUCAGAUAAAAGCCAGUUUCUCUUCAGGCCCUUGCUGAAGAAACUUUUCAGAAUAUCCUUAGGAUUAAAAAAAAUAAUAAGAAAAAGAAAAAAAGAAUAUCCUUAGGAAAAAAAAGUAACCCACAUCAUGAUGCAAGAAAAAACAGUGUACAAUGGAAACUGUAAAUUCAUGGAUAAUCUUAAGCAACAGUGGAACAAUAUUUUUAGAAGUCUGGAUAAAGUUCCUCUAAAAGUUAAACACAGAAUUAACGCAUGAUCCAGCAAUUCCACUGCUAUGUUUAUACUCAAAAGAACUGAAAGCAAGGAUUCAAGCAGGUACUUGUAGACUCACGUUCAUAGCAGCAUUAUUCACAAGAGCCAAGAAGUGGAAACAACCCAACAGAUGAACAGAUAAACAAUGUGGCAUAUCUAUACAGUGGAAUAUUUCUCAGUCUCUUAAAAAGGAAAGAAAUUCUGACACAGGCUACAACAUGGACGAGUCCUGAAAGUACACUAAGUGAAAUAUGGCAGACACACAAAAGGACAGAUAUUGUAUGAUUCCACUUAUAUGCGGGACAGUCAUGUUCCUAGAGUAGAGACAGGAAGUAGAAUGAUGGUUACUGGGGCUGAGAGCAAGGGGAACUGGCAGUUACUGUUUAACGGUUACAGACUUUCUGUUUGGGAUGAUGUUGUACAACAUUGUAAAUGUCCUUACUGCCACUGAAUUGUACACUUAUAAAUGAUUAAAAUGGUCGAUUUUGUGUUAUAUGUAUUUUAACCGAAAUAAAAAUUAAC